AUGCGAAUAGAGUUUGGUGGUGCUUUUGCCGACCUUUUGAACGAGAAAGGGAAGGGCUCAGGUGAUAAUGAGAUGGGAUAUGUUGAAAGAACUCUUGGGUUUUGCACCCGUGAUUUGGAUGAUAGAGAUCUAAGAUUGGUGACAGACAUUGUCGGUGGUACCAUUCGUUGGAGAAGAUAUCUCGAUUAUUUGAUUCUUUCACUAUGCCAUGAUGAGAACACAUUUAGAAGCAUGGAACCUCUUCUCUUGCAGAUUCUCCGUAUCAGUUUUUACGAGAUUUUAAAGCUCGAAAUGCCACCAUAUGCUGUUGUAGAUGAGAAUGUAAGGCUUGCAAAAGUUGCCCUCAGAUCUGGUGCUGGUAACAUGGUGAACGGGAUAUUGAGGAAGCUAGUUUUGCUUAAGGAAAAAAACUUGCUUCCCACACCAAAAGUGGAAGGUGAUGAUCGAGCACAAGCACGUGCUCUUGCCACCCUUUAUUCUCAUCCAGUAUGGAUGGUGAGACGAUGGACAAAGUAUCUUGGGCAUGAAAAAGCCAUUGAGCUGAUGAUGUGGAAUAACAGUGAUCCCAGUUUCAGCCUGAGGGCAAACACUGGGAGAAAUUUUACAAGAUCUGAUCUUGUAAUCCAACUUAAAACAUUGAAGGUAUGUUUACAUAGAGGCACACACAUGCUUCUGCACACGGACACUGUUGCAUAG